GAUCCAUGAAAAGAGCUAGGAGGAAGAAGAAGAUCGAGAUCAACCAGCAACGUUUAACAAAGAAAGAAGAUGAAAACGAUCCGUUUUCGAUAAUUACUCUGGAUCUAGUAGUAGAGAUACUCCUGAAAGUUCCGACCAAAUCUGUAGCCAGCCUUGUCUUGGUUUCAAAACAAUGGUUAUCCUUAAUUCGUGGCAAAGAUUUUAUCAAUCUGUACCUGGCCCGAUCUUCACCUCGUCUUCUUUUAGUAGUCUUCGCCAAUAACGAGGAAGAGCAGUUCUUACAAACCUGCUCUCAGGUUGAUCCAUCAUCUGAUAGUCAUAGGCUAAACAUAACUCUAGAUAAGAACCAAGUGGUUGGUUUUUCUCCACCAAUCCGCGGUUUGGUCUGCCGUCAAAUGGAUUCUAAAGUGAGGAUUGCAAACCCUAGCACGGGCCAGUUCGUAACGUUACCUAGAGUCAAAACUACAAGAAAAGGUAUAUUAUCCCUUUUUGGGUAUGAUCCAGUGAAUGAUGUAUACAAAGUGUUGUGCAUGACGAUACUGCAAGGUCGUCAAAGACGUGAAUCACAAGUUGUGUCCGAGGAGCAUCAAGUGUACACUCUAGGAGGUCAACGAAAAUGGAGAAUGAUUGAAUGUAAGCAUCCUCAUCUUCCUCCUCCUCUUAAUGUUGUCACUAAAGGGAUAUGCAUAAAUGGGAUACUAUAUUAUUACGCUUGGAUAAAAAGUGAAGCAUCCUUGAUAAGCUUUGAUCUGAUAUCUGAAGAGUUUAAUGCCAUUAAGUUACCUGAGGAUAUCCCAUGCGUGGUGAAUUACAUUGGAAAGGUAGCUAUAGCGAGUUGGCCUACCCGUAAUGGCGAAGUUCACCUGUGGAUUCUAGAAGAUGCCGAUAAACAAGAAUGGUCAAAAGUUUCAAUCGUUGUUCCUUCUUGGAUAGAUUUAAUUGACAUUCAUCACGGAUACAGAUUCAGGGGUACACUUAGUACUGGCGAGCUUAUAUUUUCACCUUGGACCUUUCCCAUUAACCCGUUCUAUUUCAUCAGUUACAAUCUCAAGGAAAACAUUGCCAAGAAAGUUGUGGUUAAAGUACUUGGAGAACCCGAAGCUUCUCGCACAAUCUAUUUUGAUCAUGUAGAGAGUCCUAUAUUCUGUCAAAUGUUAAACAUAACUCAACACCGUAUGCAUGUGUAUGCUUUUUCUCCACCCAUACGCGGCUUGAUCUGCCGUCAAAUGGAUUCUAAAGUGGUGAUUGCAAACCCUGGCACGGGCCAGAUCUUGACGUUACCUAGAGUCAAAACUAUUAGAAGAGGUAUAUUAUCCUUUUUAGGGUAUGAUCCAGUGAAUGAUCUAUAUAAAGUUUUGUGCAUGACGGUACUAGGAGGUCAUCAAAGACGUCCACAAGUUGUGUCAGAGGAGCAUCAAGUGUACACUCUAGGAGGAGGCCAACAAAAAUGGAGAAUGAUUGAAUGUGAGCAUCCUCAUCUUCCUCCUCCUUCUUAUUUAUCUACUAAAGGUAUAUGCAUAAAUGGGAUACUAUAUUAUUAUGCUUGGAUACAAAAUGAAGGAGCCUUGAUAAGCUUUGAUCUGAUCUCUGAAGAGUUUAAUGCCAUUAAGUUACCUGAGGAUAUCAAAUGCGUAGUGAACUACAAUGGAAAGAUAGCUAUAGCGAGUUUGACUACCAUUAACGGUGAGGUUCACAUAUGGGUUCUAGAAGAUGCCAGUAAACAAGAAUGGUCAAAAGUUUCUUUCGUUGUCCCUUCUUGGAUAGAUUUAGUUGGAAAGAAUGGAUUCAGGUUCAGGGGUACACUUAGUACUGGCGAGCUUAUAUUUUCACCGACUAGUUGCAUUAAGCCGUUCUAUUUCAUCAGUUACAAUCUCAAGGAAAACAAUGCUAAGAAAGUUGUGGUUGAAGGAAUUGGAUAUCCCUAUGGUUCUCUCGAAGUCUAUUUUAAUCAUGUAGAGAGUCCUGUGUUUCUGUCAAAUUAAGUUUAUCCGUUUUGUGUUGUUUGUG